UCCAUAACAAGUCCAGAGUCUAAGCACUUCGACAUUCGUUAAGAAAGGAGCAGUUUCUAGCCAACAGCGCCUUGUUCAAAGCAGCUGUUACCUCCCGCCAUCGGAUCUUACCAACUCCCGAGAAAUCCCCAAUAUAUACAUUCCAAUGCUCGUUUCCAGGCAGUUUGACUCGGAGAACCACUGGUCCAGCAAAUACGAGACCGUUUUCCACAAGCCUACAAGCCCACGCAUGUCGAACUUCGAGGGUCCGUUGUCAACACAGCCUGAGUGGCAGGGGCACUACUCGUUCCUUCCUCCUGGGGAAAACAACCUGUUUGCACAACCAUUCGACCAAGUGUCUGGCUCCAGCAACAACAAUAGCAACAGUAACAGCAAUGAUGCCUCAGCACAACGGCGCCCAACAAGCGCUCCGAACAAUGCUCUAGAGAACCCCAACCAGCCUGGUGGACAGUCACCCAUGGUACAGAACCGUGCCCUGGACCCCCUGGGGCUACGGGCCCCCAAGGCAGAGUCUCCUACACGGGAACAGACUGCGGCACGAAGGGGUUCGUAUGGAGUCAAGGCCGAGUCUACGCACGAAGACUCGCUCGCUUCCACAGUUACUCCACCAAUGUCGCUGGCUUCUAACCCGCUGAGUUCUGUUUCUUCAGCAGGACAGACGGACAUGACAGCAAGUCAGAGUGGCAACGAAGAAACCAUGGUGGAGAAAGACGAGGAUGACGAUGUGUUGGACGACGACGAGAUGCUCGAAGGAGAUGGCGAGUCGACACAGCCCCAAACGGCAGCAGAGCGAACAGCUGCGAGACGGAAGAUGAAACGGUUUAGACUUACGCACCAGCAAACUCGGUUCCUCAUGAGUGAAUUCGCGAAGCAGCCUCAUCCAGAUGCUGCACAUCGCGAGCGACUUUCGAGGGAGAUCCCUGGUCUGAGCCCAAGGCAGGUCCAGGUAUGGUUUCAGAACCGCCGUGCGAAGAUCAAGCGGCUCACAGCCGACGAUCGUGAUCGCAUGAUCAAGAUGCGCGCCGUCCCUGACGACUUUGACAACGUGCAGGCUCUUCACUCCCCCUAUGGCGCCGUUCACGCGUUGGGCACACCCAUCAGCUCGGCUGUGGAUUUUGGAAAUGCCUCGUACGCCGAGCACAUGAUGCGUCCAAUGAUGGUGGAUCCGAUGCGGAGAGAAGGCGAAGAUCAUAUGUCCCCAUCAGCGUUAAGCCCCGCAUUCGGGUCCAUUGGUUUCGCGGCGCCCGGCAGCAUGGGCACUCCGGAUAUCCUAUCGCCCAUGUCGCCUCCAGGAAACGAGCGGGGGUACUACUCUAGCCACGUUAACAACCCCUUAGGCAGCGGUCCACGGACCUCGAACCCCUUUGCGCGCCAGGGCGGCAGCAUGGACACGGGGAUGCAGAUGCACAGCCACUCGCGUCAACAACCGAUGCGUCCUCUGCAGCCGCUUCAGCUCAGGGAGACUAUGUCAAGGUCGAGAUCGGACCAGCUACAGUCGCCCUUACGAUCCAGCAUGUCGUGGAAGGGCGAUGCCAUCAACUACAACUAUCAGGCAGGAAGUGGCAGCCCGGGAGUAGGAGGCCGUCAACAAUCUCUGUACCAACCAGAGAUGACCAGUACGCCGACCAGCAUGAGCUAUGAACCUGGUUCUUACUCUACCACCGGUGUCCAGUCACCCCAAAGCCACAUGAGCUACUCCACGCUGCAGCAGCCUCCACGAAACAACAACUCGCGGUUGCGAGCCGCCUCGGCUACGUUGCCCCUCGGCCUGGAUCUGCGGACUCAGUUCCGAUCCGUUUCCUCAGGUCAUAACCUCCAGCCGCCAGCUCACUCAUCGAUCCCUAGGGCAGCCUCUACUGCUCCUUACUCGUCCGCCUAUACAUCAAGCUACCCUUCGGCGCCCUUGACUGCGCCCGUCGAAUUCUCCCUUCCGCGGACGCCAGGCGUGAGACACGAUUACUCAAUGCCCCAGAUGAGCGCCCCGAUUGCGCCCUCCCAAGACUUCUCUCAGGCCCUCCACGGGAACAUGGGCCAGAGCAUAAGAACCCCUAUGCGAGAUGCCUUCGGCGGUGGACCUCUGACGACUCAGAGCCAGGGGUCUGGUGAAAGGAGUGAGGAUUACUUCCACCAGGAUGGUUCAGCACUGGAACGGAAGCGCAGCUUCAGCGUCUCUCAAGGCGGCCCUUCUCCCCCGGGACCUUCCCCUUACCACUCCACAUAAACCCAACCGACAUACGAGAAUUGUUAAGAGUUUUUACACUUAUACGCAUACGCAUUUGGGCCGGCAUCUUCGGUUCGCGAUUUCUUCGAUUCUCUCCUCGAAACAAUGCCCAUUUAGUAGUCUUUUUUUUGGGCACUCUGUUACCCUGUGUUACUGUAUACUUUCUACGCCACAAGUUCUUCUUGGA